AUGUCAGCGGCAGAGUACUAUAAAGGAACUUCAGAAUCCAAGCAACAAUACACCAGCCCCGCAGGCCCUCCACCUGGCGCAUAUCAAGACUCGAGGGGUUUUGGAUCACAUUUCCAGAAUAAUCAACCUCAGCAGGCCUACUAUGGUGCUCAACAACAGCAGUACUAUGCGAACCAGCCCCCACAAUACAACCAGCAGCAACACUAUCAGCAGCCUGGAUACUACAACCAACAGCAGCCCAUAUAUGUUCAGCAACAACGUCCAACCAACAACAACAGUGAUUGUCUCACAGCAUGCUUGGCGGGUAUGUGUCUGUGUUGCACCCUCGACAUGCUGUUCUGA